ACUUCUGCAGGUCCAAACUGGAGACCUCAAUCACUCAGAUGAGGAGAACUCUUGACGACGUGAUGACUUCAGUCAGCGUUCAGACCAGUAGGCCCAAAGGAUUCGCUUCAUGCUGGAAACAGGAACCUAUGACCUUGGAAGACGCUCAUGGGAAACUUAUACCGCUUCCUAUCGAGCUGGUGGUUUCGUGGGAGAUGUUUGAUAUUAUCCUCCUCGGCCAUUUUCAUUUUCAGGCUCUCGUUGGUGAGAAGAAAGUCCAGAAACGAGAAUUCGAAAUUGAAGAUUCCACAACCCGAGACCCACUGACCAGAAAACGGCCUUGGCCCACAUUUUCCAAGCCCGGACGGAAGAUUGAUAUGAGUAUGAUCUUUAAAGAUUCUGGAGUGCUUGUCGAAUGUCCAAACCCAGAUUGCAAGAUGCUGUUCCGGACUGAGGACGACGAAGAUAACGAUAAUUUAUCUAAGCCACCCAGGCUACUUAAAGGGAGAAGCCCAAUGGAGUUGCUGCCGGCGAGCUCGGAAGACCUCCGCCAGGAAGAAGCAGACGACAAACCUGGCAUGUUCAAGCGUGUUAUUAUCCGGCUCCUCAAAUACGGAUCAGAUUUUGCCAGCUCGGAAUUUGGUGGUAACAUCGAUGGGUAUCCGCUAAGCGACGCGUCGUCCUAUAUUGGCUUGCCCCAGGUCCAAAUUCUGGCUAGCGAGGGUUCAUCGAAACCACCGAACCUCGAGAUGCCUUGGGGCUGUUUGUCUCCAAAUGCACAAGCUCUGGGAGACAUCCGCUGACUCUGCCGCAGAUUCCUUCGACAAUGCUAGCUCUAACUUCCCCUUCCCUUCACCAGGUCCCUCUAUACUCGAUGACGACGAAUCCAAAUUUCUAGAUAGCUUCUUCGAUGGCGUGAGCUCGGAUCAAUUCAAUUAUGACUCUUUCAGCAACCCUCCAGACGGCUCCGAGCUUGGCCUUGGAUGGGAGGAGCUACCCCCGACGUUUAUGGGAACAACUUCUUCGUUUGGCCAACAGCCUCAACCUGGUAAUCAUGGAUUCUCGGAUAUGAACUUUGGCAAUAUGAAC